AUGACGAUGGUCAUGGAAAACCAAAACCGUCCCUACGGCGGCAUGAGCUUCGACAAUGUCUACCAUAACCCACCACAAUUUACAGACCCAUGGGCGGCUCACACUUCGUCGCACUCGACACCUCCAGUCUAUGCGACCUCCAUGGGCAAUGGCGCCAGCAUGCCCAUCGGCGUGAAGCAGGAGGAAGUCAACCGCACCGGCAUGUCUAUGCCAUACCCCAACAUCCCUGUGUCCGCGCCCACAAUGGUGCCCGGUAGCACCUACGCGACCGCCAGCUACGGCCCCGAGGUCAUGGGUAUGCAACACGAGGUGCCGCGCACCACUUUCGACCAGGCUCCUUCCUACACCACUGCUCCCCCCAUGAGCAGCUUCGCGCCCGCCAGCUACGCCCCCGUCAGCUAUGCUCCUAUCCACCCUUCCCCCACCGACAACCGCCGCAUUUCCCACUCAGACGCUGCCCGCGUUAACUCCUCUGCCUCCGCACCCACCUUCGGUGAUGCGCUCGAUGCCAGCCGUGGAAUGGUCGCUCUCAGCCAGGACCUGACCCCGCGCAAUAUCUACGGCCCCGGUCCUCGCGGCGCGCGCAGCUCAGCCGACUCCUACGGCUUCCCCUCCACCCACUCUUCCGCCUCCUCUAUCUCCUCCGGCGGCAACUACCCCUACUACAGCGCCUCGGUGGGCUCCGUCGACUCCUCCGUUACAGACUACAGCUCCACUACCUCCGAGUCAUACGAGUCGCGCACUCUGCCGCGACCCACCAGUCUUCUGGCUGGCAGUGCUCCCCCUGGUCCGCAAUCUAUGAUGAGCCAAUUCAGCUCCAAGUUGCCCUCCAACACUCAGAAAAAGCACAAGUGCAAGGUCUGCGACAAGCGUUUCACGCGUCCCUCAUCUUUGCAAACCCAUAUGUACAGCCACACUGGCGAAAAGCCAUUUGCGUGUGACGUUGAAGGCUGCGGGCGGCACUUCUCCGUUGUCUCGAAUCUGCGCCGUCACAAGAAGGUCCACAAGGGCGAGAAGGACAGCGGAUCUGGCGACGACGACGAGUAA